AUGUCGUCCAACGACCGACACCUCGCCAUCAUCGGCAUCGGCCUCCGUCUUCCCGGCGCCAACAACAAACAGGAAUUCUACAACCUCCUUCAUUCGAAGCGGUCUGGGAUCUCGCGUGUGCCUGCUGAUAGAUGGAAUGCGGAGACGUAUACUGGUCCUGGUAAAGAACCGGCAAAGAUUGUCACGGAUUUGGCUGGCUUUCUUGAUGAGUAUCGGGAAUUUGAUGCUUUAGAUUUUGGAGUCUCGCCCAACGAAGCCAGGGAACUCGAUGUCCACCAGUAUAUGCUGCUUCAGACGACGCUUCAGGCAUUUGAAGACGCUGGUGUCAAGUACAGGGGUACAAAGACUGGCGUGUUUGUUGCUGGAUCUUUUGAGGGGCGUAGUAUCCAGUCGGACGAGUAUGAUUUGUCUCAUUAUACUUCAACCGGCACCGCCCUGUCUAUGCAACCGAACCGCGUUUCCUUCAUCUUUGACCUCCGUGGACCCUCCAUCUUUGUCGACACUGCGUGUUCAGGUGGUCUCUCAGCGAUGCAUACUGCACGGAACGCCAUUUUCGCUGGAGACUGUGACCAAGCCGUAGUAGCCGGUAUCAGCAUCAUGCUCACCCCACAGGCAUCGCAAGGAUUCAGUAAACUCGGGACCCUCUCCCCAACUGGAUGUUGUCAUGCGUUCGAUGCAGCUGCGGAUGGUUAUGUACGUGGUGAGGGUUGUGUGGUGGUUAUUCUCAAACGACUGGAUGCGGCGAUGAAGGAGGGUGAUCAUGUUUAUGCGGUUCUUACUGGGAGUGCUGUUAAUGCUAAUGGGAGGGGAUUGAGUUUGACGAUGCCGGAUGCCAAGAUGCAGAUGGAUGCGACACUUCAAGCGUACAAGGAUGCAGGCCGUGAUCCUACCGAUGCCUUUUUCGUAGAGUGCCAUGGAACGGGUACCCCCGUUGGUGACCCGAUUGAAGUCAACACACUCGGACAAGUGUUUUCACAAAAUCGACCCAAAGAGGAUAUCCUAAGUAUCGGCUCUGUAAAAACCAACGUGGGUCAUUUGGAAACCGCCUCAGGACUCGUAGGUCUCAUCAAAGCCGCACUGAUCCUCGACUCGGGCGUGAUUCUCCCGGGGAUCCAUUUCAGCACACCGAAUCCCCAGAUCCACUGGUCCGAUUUUCGCAUCCGGGUUCAAACUGACCCAGAGCCGAUUCCGAAAUGGAAAACAACUCAAGAUGGGAUGUAUGUUGCGAGUGUUAGUUCGUUUGGGUUUGGUGGUGCGAAUGCGCAUGCUGUUUUGGAGCGUAUGCCGCAUGGUGGUGAUCGGUUUCCGAUUAUGGAUAUCGAUGAUAAGGAUUCUAUCCUGAUUGCAGUGGGUGCACUUUCUGCGCGGUCGGUGGGAAGAGUUGUGGAAAAUGUUUGCGAGUUUCUGGAGGAAGCAACGGACCCGCGUGAGCGAGUGGUGAUUUCUAGGGUAUUCGGAGACCGAGCUCGUGGGCACCCGUUCCUUUCGUACGCCGUCAUCCCUGCAUCCGGUACUAGUCAACUUGAACAAGCAUUCUCAAAACCCGCCGCACCGUUAUUUACGAGCGACCCGUUCAUUGCGUUUGUGUUCUCCGGGCAAGGUCCUCAGUACCCCCAAAUGGGCCGCAGAUUCCUUUACCGGUUCAAAGCAUUUCGUGAUUCGGUUCUUGCUUCCGAUGGUGUACUGCAGUCAAUAGGUUUUGGCUCCUUUAUCAAAAAAUACGGCAUGUUUGAUUCGUACGAGUGUACCCUCCCCACUGGGCCUGACGCAUCGUGGCCUGUUGAAGCCGUAGUUCUCUCGAUCGUCAUCUUCCAAAUCGCCCUCUACGACCUCUGGAAAAGCUUAAAUGUCGCAGCCUCCGUGGUAUUGGGACACAGUGUCGGCGAAAUCGCGGCCAUGUAUGCGUCCGGUGCAAUCAAUCGUCACAAAGCGGUGCAUUUAGCAGUAGCGCGUGCCAAGGCGUUGAAAAUGGUGGAGAAUUCACAAGGCGGUAUGGCGGCUUUGGGAUGUGAUGAAGUUCAAGCCAAUGAGAUGAUUGAAAAAAUUUUGAGUGGGGACCGGGAUGGAGGUGGUGUUCGAGGGUUGUGGAUUAGUGCUGUGAACUCUGUCAAGGCUGUUUCAGUAUCGGGGAAUGAGGAUUUGAUUGUCAAGCUCGUCCAACAAGCCGAAUCCCAAGGCAUUUUCGCACGACAACUCCGAGUGGGUGGUGCCUACCACUCCCCGCUAGUCGACAUUUGCUCUGCAGCCUUCCAAAAAGCCGUCUUACCGGUCCUCAACAGCUCACGCAAUGUCCCUACAACACGUUUCAUUUCCACCGUUCACGGCAGGCUCCAUCCAAAGAACCAACCCCUCGACACGGCCUACUGCUGGGAUAAUAUCCGUAAACCCGUUUUAUUUGCUAAUGCGAUCAAAGCCCUGUUUGAAGAGCACAAAGAGGAAGGUAACGCUUCAUCAUUGUGUGUGAUUGAAAUGGCGCCGCAUCCCGUUUUGCAAGGGUAUAUUGGGGAAAUUGCUGCGUCCGUGAACGUGCAACCUGCGGUGGUGGCUGCGUGUGCUCGGAGGCCGAAUCCGAAAACUGGACAAGGUGUGAAUGAUCCUGUGGAGGAUACGCAGUUUUUGGACACAGUUGGGAAACUCCUCGUCGCCGGUGUGCGCAAUAUUAAUUUGCGUGUACUGACUGGACUCGCUGGAUACGACGUCCCAAUGGGCCACGACAUGCUAUUAAAGAAACCCGUCAGCUACCCAUUCCAAAAAACAGUAAGUAAACCAAAAAACGCAUACACUCUAAAAGUCACUCAAAACACUCAUCCAUUAAAGAUUGUCGAACAUAAAGAAUGUCCUAUAAGCACCUACAGACGCACUCGACCCCCUCCCAAACCCCUCUGCGCCCCCCUCUUUCGCAUGAGCCCCCAAACCCACCCAUGGGUAACAGGCCACACCAUUUCAAAAGCCGUUAUUUUCCCUGGGACGGGGUACAUUGAAGCCGCUCUCGAACACGGCGCCCGAACACUCCGUAACGUCCGUAUUCAACGCGCGUUGAUGCUUUCCGAGCAUGAUCCCCCCAAAUACGUCGGGUUCCGUGAAACGGGUAUCAACAACGAAUGGGAAUUCUGCAGUUCGUCCAAAAAUGUCGUGAAUGAUUCGGGUGUGGUGUUGGAUACCGUCCAUGCAACAGGACAGUUUGUCAUGGAAUCAGUGCAUACACCUCAAACCGCGCUCGAACAUCUCGGACAAGAUUUCAUGACCGAUUUUGAUCUCGUUAUGGAUGGGCAGAGGUUUUAUUCCAUUAUUGCUGGGACGGGUGCAGAGUAUUCGGGAGUUUUUGCCAUGAUUACCGAGAUUCGGGGGUCCUCUACCCGGGAGAAGGAUUUUAUUGCUUUUGUGGAGGUGUCGGAUGAGCUUUGGAAUACGCAUGCAAAGGGGAUGGUACUUCAUCCGGCGAUACUUGAUUGUGCGUGUCAAACGGGAUGGGGCAUGUCGGUACGUUUCCUUUUUCCACGUCCAAAAUAUUUGGGUUUUGCAACUGACAACUCCACCUGUUUAUGA